AUGCACCCCAAAAGAAGAGGGCCCUUAAAAGACCCUUUAAAUUCCUUUAACUUUGAAGUUGCUGCUACACUGAGCUGUGUAAACAGCCCCAAAGGUCUGCUGCAUGCGCACGCAGCGCUUCGUAAAGGAAGGGCCCCUCUGUCUCCUCCUCAUAGACCUAAAAGAAAUGCUGCUGCGCUGGAAUCUGCUGCUGGCGCUGCUGCUGCUGAAACCAUCGAUACACCCCGACGCGGCUUACAGAAAACAGCAGAGCGAAGCCCCAAGAGCAUCUCAACAGCAGCAGCAGCCAAAGCAGCAGCAACAACAACAGCGGCAGCAGCAGCAGCAAACGCUUGCUGCGCCCUCAGGCAGCAAGAACAUACAAACAAAAGGAGACGCAGCUCCCGACUUGCAUGCAUGAUAACAGCAGCAGAGCCUAAUGGCUUCAACAACAAUACAAGUGUCUCUAAAGGAGAAUUGUCUCUAAAGAGCAGCAGCACCAGGGCUGAAGAGGGGCCCCUCAAGGGGCCCCUCAAAGGGCCCCCUUUGAAUAAAGAAGAAGAUAAAGCAUUGAGGUGGGGCCCCCAGGGCCCCUCGGAGCCCGUUGGUGUUGUUGAGUGUCGCCAAGCCCUAAAGAAAGAAGCUGAUGCUGAGGAGACACCUCAACAUUGUGUAGCUGUUGCUAAGAUAAGAGAAGAGACAGACAGAAGGGGGCAUAAUAGGAGAUCAAUUCGUUGUACCAAUCGCUUUAAAGAGUAUUUGAAUGUAAAGUUAAAUAAAGAAAGGAGACAGAGACAAUAUAAGGGGACAGCUAUCUUAAGCAGCAGAAACGAAGAGCUUAUCUUGCUGCCCUACGAAAAUAAACAAAACAACAGAGCAGCAGCAACAGAGAUGUCUCCUUCUUGCAGCAGUAAUGCACACAGAAAGAGACUAUUAACAUCUGUCAGCCCCUCGCAUAAGGAGACACCAUCAAGUGUCUCCUCAGCGCCUUAUCAAAGAAGCAAACCCUUACAAACCCCAAACAAAAGGAGACAGUUUGUAGCAUUAAAUGAAAGGACUCCUGCUGCAGCAAGUGUAUUGGCUGCAGCAGCAGGCCCUAAGCUGAUACGUCGGAAGAUCCGGCCAGCAGCGGCAGCUCGAGCAGCAGCAGCAGCAGCAGCAGCAAGCAGAGCAGCAGCCAGAGCAGCAGCCAAAGCAGCAGCUGCUGCAGCUACAGGUAUGUCUGUCUCUGCAGCUUCAGCUGCUUCAUUUGUUGUUACUUCGAAGACACCCCCAACAGAGACAGAGGCCAGCAAUGGAGACACCGCAAAGGAGACAUUUCUUGAUGUCUGCUUUGACGCCUUCUUUCAACAAGCAGUAGAGUUCCUAGAUGAGGAGACAGCAGCAGCAGCAGCAACAACAACAACAGCAGCAACAGCAGCAGCAACAACAACAAAUACAACAACAGCAACAACAACAAAAACGUCAACAGCAGCACCACUAGCAGCACCAACGGCAACAGCAGCAGCAGCAACAGUAACAGUAACAGCAACAGAAGCAGCAACAGCAAAACCAACAGCAACAGCAGCAGCAAAAAGAGCAGCAGCACCAGCACCAGCACCAGCAACAGUAACAGCAACAGCAGCAGCAGCAGGUGUACCCCAGCCAGCUGCAGGACAAGGAGACAGUUUUUGCUUCAAUGCAAAUCAGCAGGUCUUUGACGGAGACACUGAGGGCUCAGGGAGGCCGCUGCCACCAACUGUACGUGUUGUAAAGAGACAGGUGAUGCAGCAGCAGGUGCAGCAGCAGAUGCAGAAAGCAGCAGAUGCAGGGGUGUCUCUGCUGCCCCUUCUGACUGCUGCUGUGCAGCAGCUGGCGAGAGGGGCAGCAGCAGCAACUGCAGCAACAGCAGCCUCAAGGGACCCUCCAGCAGCACGCAAAACAUCUUUUGUUGACUACUGGCUUCAACAGGAGACAGAUAAAUCUUUCUCUUGCGGUGUAGCAGCAGCAGCAGCACCGGGCUCUUCUUAUACCGAGGGACAGGCCCCAGUACCUGCGCAAAUGAAGGGGCUUCAGCAAGCACCCGUACAGCAGCGGCAGCAACAGCAGCAACAGCAGCAACAGCAGCAGCAGCAGCAGAGGCAACAACAGGUGCAACGGCAACAGCAAAUGCAGCAACAGCAACUGCAGCAGCAAGGUCGGCAGCAUGCUGCUGCUAGCAGCAGCAUAUUUGGGGCCGAGGCGCAGCAAGGGCUUCACCUAGGAGAGUCCUCUUGCAUGCAGCAGCUAGCAGAAGUGAAUCUGCUGCAGAUGGUUUGCGAGCGUCAAUAUAAAUUGUCUGUUGCGAGGGAGCUGCAUGCAGUAGCUGCUCUUUCUUCUGCUGCUUCUGUGCAAGGAAGAGGCCCCUCCCGCAGCUGCUGCUCCCCGUUGCAGCAGGAGGUGCAGCAGCAGCUGCAGCAGCAGCAACAGCUGCUGCAGCAAGUGCAGCAAGACCUACUAGGAGAAAGGUUUCAGCAGCUCGUGCUGCUUGAGCACCUUCAUAUGCUUCUCUUAGUGAGAAGGCUUCUCUAUACAAACUUCAAAACGACGGAGACACUUAGGCUGAAGUGUCUCCUCCAGCCCCCAAAGUGCAGCAGCAAACAACAGCAGCACACUGCACACAAAGUGAUACGCAUGCAGCCCCAUAAUAAAUCCAAAGAGACUGCAGCAGCAGCUGCUGCAGCAGGUGCAGCAACUUCUGCAGCAACGGCUGCAGCAGCGCCAGAAGGUGAAAUAAGCAGCAGCAGCAGCCGCAAAGAAGAGCUUCCUGUUGAGGCAUCAGAAGACGUUUCAUGA